AUGCCGAUAUCAGCUCCCAAAAUUCCUGACGGUCUUCCUGAGCUGAUGCGAGGGUUGGCAAAGAGUGUGAUCAAGGAGAACCCGGAAAACCUGUACGUCCACGCGGCGGAAUACUUUGAGAAUCUGAUCCGCGAACGGGAUGGCGAGCUGGACCGCGGCUACCAAGGCUUCAACGCGUACCAGGUGUACGCGGACUAUAAGGAGCAGACGCGCGAAAAGCUGGGCCUUGCGCCCACGAAGCAGCCCUCGGCCAGUGAUGGCGAGGACGCCGGCGAUACGGGAAGUGGAGAUAGUGGCUCGAGGUCCAGGGGACGGCGACGUCGUCGGACGCGCAACCAACCGUCCACCGAAAAGGACAGCUCCAUGCCGGUUGCUGGCGGCCCAGACAAUGGCGGCAGCGAAGUAACGAAGCAGAAGUCCUUAUCGGAGGACAGUGUCGAACCAGUGUCGGUGGUGGAGGACGAAGUGACGAAGGUGCACUACAAUCCACCAGAGGCAGCCCCUCCGGGACGAGUGGUCAGUGCACAGUCGGUAGAGGCGGAACAAGCCGUGCUGACGGUGCUGGAAGAUGACCAGAUACUAGACUCUGACGGUAAGGACACUGCCGAGGAAGAUGAUCCCGUCCAACGUGCUGAGGAUGACGAUAUAGGUACCGCUCCCAGCACGGCCGAAAUAACAGAGGAAACGGCACCGGCCGUCUUUGAACCAUCGAUAGAGAACGAGGAAAUUCCGCUGCAGGAUUUGGAAACGUGUUUCAUGCACGCAAAUGUGGACCAUUUGUUGGAGAAACAUUCCGGGGUCAUUGCCGAGGGUCCGGUCGUGGGUGAUUUGAAAAAAGGUGACUCAAAGGCAACAGAGAACGCUGCAAAGCAGGAACAACCACAUCCGGUUCCGGCUGUUGAUGAGAAUGUAACUGGUGUGCCCGUCCUAGAAUCCGGCAAUUUGGUGGAGAAACCGGAAGACAGCAACACUGAUCCAGCGCCGGUUCCCUCCGAAGCCGAUGAACCAAUUGAGAAGCCCACGGAAGUGCAGUUGGUGGGACAGGACAUUCCGGAAGGCAAAAUUAAUCCCAUGAAUCGUAGCGAAGAUGUGAAGAAAAGUUUGUCACGCAACGGAAGCAAGGAGAAUGAAGUAGACCCCAAGCAGAAUCCGGCGACGGAUAAACCUGAACCUGGAAAAGCACCCGUAGAACACGAGAAACCGGAAGAUGUACCAGUACCAGACGGUGGCCAUAACCAAGAUAAUGAAGAGAUUCGCGGCUCGGAACCGAUCAUAUCUCCGAAACAUGAGCCUGCUUCAACUGCUCCAAGCGGAGUAAGUCGCCAGACCAGCAUAGAAGCGACAGAGCUGCCGGUUACAACAGAACCUACAAACAUUGAAGAGCCGAACCGUGUCGCGCCGAUUGACGUUGGUCUCGAGCCGGAUGUUGGUGUUUCCGAGCAAGAUGACGCGAAGAAAGAUGAACGCACCAAAAAUGAUGAUGCGCAAAAUAUAACGGCUGCCGAACCAUUCGAACCAGCUGUACCGGAAGCUGACGUUACCGAAGACCCCAAAGAAGAUCCCAAAGAUGAGGGUCCACGGCCCGGGUCAGCAAAACCAUCGUCACCCGAGCAAAGCCUCGAGGAAGUCGUCGAAGAACCGUGUAUCAAACGUGAAGUUUCGCCUUCAAAGACGCUUCCGCCGGCCGAGAGAGAAGAAAGCAUCGACAGUUCCAAGGACCAAGAGCUGGAGGAGAUCAAGAAGGUCGAUCUCAGCCAGCUGAGCAAGGACUCGGCGGAGGCAUUGUUUUACAGUUUGAAGAAAAGUGCUCUAGAGAACCAAGACCCCGAGGGGUCGCCGGUGGACGAUCAUCCGUCGACCGAAUUGGGAGAAGCUCCCAAAAGCCGAGACAGCAACGGUGGCGGUGAUGACGACGACGAUAAAGAUGUGGUGGUAACGGAGGAACCACCGGCGGCCACCGCACCGGAAGAUACCGCAAAACGUACAUUUACGGACGAUUUUUUAGAUGAAAGCCCGCUCCCGGAAGAUACCCGGCGAGCAGAGGCACCGAGUGAUGCACCGGUCAACAUUCCAGAAGCCACGGCUCCGGAAGAGAAGCGAUCGUGCGGGUCGGCUGAAGCUGAGGACGAUCUAACACCGAUGGAAACGGCAUCGAUGCGAUUGAAACAGUUUCAGGAUGCGAUGCACGGCCGAGCGGACACGAUCGAGGGCGAAGGCGAUGCCGCCUCGGGCAAACGGCCGGUCAUGAGACGCUGUAUGACCGAAAUGGCGGAACUGCAGCGCUACGUUUCCGCGGAUGAAUCCGCGGACCCGAGCUACGUGGAGGAAGAAGACCAGUUCGAUGGGUACUACAUCGGGCACAUUAAGAACAAAAUCCUCGCCUCGUCCGUUUCGGUGGCCGACUCCGACUGUUUCGAUCCGGCCCGUGGCUCGCCCGUGGAGUCGGUCGAUGAGAACAAUGUGCGCACGGCUCUGGAAACGAUUGCGUCGACGGACACGGAGUCAACGAUUGCGUCGCAGGCCACCAUCCAGCAGGCCGCCGCAGGCAAGCGGAGCUACCUCCAGAAGCACUCGCAGAACACGUCCUCCAACAUUCCGUACGCAUCGUUCGGGAAUGCCGCCAUCGACAAGUCGCUGGACGAGUUCAUCGAGCGCGAGGAGCGGAACAAGCAGGACGAAGCGUUCGCGGAGGCGGCCACCAAGAUCCAGCGCUCGUACCGGACGCACAAGAAGAGGCUCUACCACAGCACCAUGCGCACGUGCACCGAGGACGCGUCGGCCGAAAGUGGCGGAGAGGAGCCAUCCAACGUCAUCCAGAUCAAGCUCGAUCAGAAGCGUGCGACCGACCUGGGGCGCGCCUUGUCAGACGGGGGAGAGGAAAGCCCCGAUCCGAGCGGUGCCGGUUCGCUCCACGUACCGCUGGGUGGGCGUCCCAUGCAAAGCCUCAACAUCGACGAGUACGACACCGUGACGCGACGCCAGAUGCUGACGCGCGGUGUGGCCAUGCAACGGAACUCCACGCCGGACGACGAUUCGGGCAAGUCGACGAACGCCUCGACCGACCGUAGAUCGUCGCUGAGUGGUGGUGGUCCGGUGGCUUCCGAUUCGCCACCCGAAGGGCAGCUCUUGGCAGCCGAACCCACGGCAGCCACCACCAGCGGUUCCAGCGAGGAACACGAUGGCGACCACAAGUCACCGGGAUCAAAGACGCCCGGGGACGAUCGGGAACCUGCCGCGUUGAAGGGCGCGUUGGCUCGGUCCAGCAGCACCGGUCAGCGGGCACCGAUGGAUGUGCAGAGUCUGCUGCUCGUGGCUCGCCAGCGGACGAUGCCGGUACAGAUCGACUCGUCCGUCAUCCGGGUGCUCCCGAAGCACAUGCGCAAGCGGAUCAGUAGCGCGGACCUGCCGAACGGUGGCAAGCGCAAAUAA